GCGAGAAAAGCGAACGCGAUUGGCUUGAUUUUAACUUCAAUUAAAAUGUAGUAAUUGCAGGUAGUACCUAAACUGGACUGGUGUAGUUGAUCGCUUAAGGGUAGCAAUUCUUGUGCAUAACAGGAUGGCUCGGAUUUAAGGUGCAGACGGAGCACAUGAUGCCCGGUGUGGUGGACGGGGAACGCUCAGGCCUCCAGCCCAUACGCUCAGCGCCCGAGGGUAACCCAGCUCCCACGCCCUGAAGGUCCCGUAACCCCGCCCCUGCCCCCGCGGAAAUGACGGACAGGAAGGAGCCGCCCUUCUUCAACGAGGACAACGUGGGGCCCUUCCACUUCAGGCUGCCGCGCUGCGAGAGCAUGGAGCUGCUGAUCGAGACGCUGACGGGGACUCGCUUCCAGCUGCGCGUCUCGCCCUUCCACACCGUCGUCUCUGUCAAGGCUAAGAUCCACAGGCUGGAAGGUAUCCCGGUUGCCCAGCAACACUUGAUCUGGAAUAAUGUGGAGCUGGAAGAUGAGUACUGCCUGUAUGAUUACAGCAUUGCAGAAGGGAGCACUCUGAAGCUGGUUCUGGCUAUGAGAGGAGGUCCCAUCAACACCAGAAGAGUUGCUGUGGACGACUCGGUGAAGGAGAUGAUGGAGUACAUGGACACGGGGCGGGGUGGGGCUUGGGAUGAGGCCCCACCCAACAAGCAGGUUACGUAUCUGGUGUACCGCGAGGGCGACCAGCUGAACUUCUUCCGGGUCGUGGACCGAGGUGACGGCACUCUUACACCGGUCAGGGGCAGCUCGGUGUAUAACCUGUACACUGAGGAAGAGGAGCUGGGGGAUUCGGGCUCAGGCCUGCAGGCCUUAGAGAACUCCAUCACUAUGAGCAAGAUGAGGCUGCUGAAGGCAAAGAUGGAGAACAUGAAUCUCAACAAAAAGCCCAAGAAGAGCGCGAAGCUGAAGCCCAGGCCUCCGGGCGGGCCUCGUACCUGUAGCGGCUACCUGGCGCCUGGGCGACAGCACCGGCCUUUCCGGGUCCUUCCGCAGAUCGGCCAGUCCCCGGCCCCUGCAGCGCACCUACCUCCGGCCACUGGCUCCGCCCACCCGUCCCUCUCCUCGCUCCCAGUUCCCGCCCCCAAUGAAAAACCCUCACAGGAGCCGGAGGGGGAGGAGCCAUGGGAGUGCCCCGCCCUCGGCAAAAUCCUGUCCCCUCCCAAGGUGUCCCGACUGGAGGGGGGCAGGUCCGAGCCGCUGAAAGACCGUGCGCUCCCACCCCUCUCUGCUCUGGCCACCAGAGGCCUACCUGGUGCUGCAGAGCCACACCCCGCAGUAGGCCGGGCGGCUCUGAUGGAGGAGUCGGUGCUGGCAGACCCUCACAAGGCUCUACCGCUUGAUAAAAAGACGCCAGAUCCGGUGACCUUUGACCUGCCAUCCCAGGAGGUCAGCCGGGGGGACUCGUUAGCGGCGGUUGCUGAGCAGCUGCCCGUGGCGUCGCUGUUGCCUCAGGCCGUGGACCAGUGGGUGGCGGGUGGCUAUGGUGUGUCCACCGGGACCGAACUCAGGCCCCUUUGCGCUUCCCCCAGCCUGUCCUCUGCCCUGAGCCCCGCCCCACACCCGCCCCCCAGCCCCGACCCCCAUCUGCCCCCCAGCCCCGCCCCACACCCGCCCCCCAGCCCCGACCCCCACCUGCCCCCCAGCCUGCCUGCUGCCCUGAGCCUCGCCCCACACCCGCCCCCCAGCCUGCCUGCUGCCCUGAGCCCCGCCCCACGCCGCCCCCCCAGCUUCGCCCGCCUCCAGGCCGUCCACGGGGACUCCCCUGACGUGCGGCCCGAGCUCCUCUCCAAUAGUGAGGCGCAGGAUGUCGCCCGAAUAACCGCCAAGGAGCCCCUGUCCCCUCUGCUGGCCUCUCUGUCCCGGAGGAGGAGCAGAGGGGGGGGCCCAGGGGGGCUGGGCCGGGGCUGUGCAAGCAUCCGCCUGAUCCAGGAGGACCUGCUGCUGAGCCCCUCCUUUAUGCUGUCUGCCGUUCUGUUUCAGUCUGUGGACCAGUCAGCGGGGGCUCUCAGCAGCUCAGGGAGCCAAGGCCCCCCCACACUUCUCCUCCCUCCGGUGAAGGGCCCCCCCGGCUCACGGAAGAAAAGCUCCAGGCACUGUUACCUGUGCAGAAAGAAGACAGGCCUGGCCAGCAGCUUCCAGUGCAGGUGUGGAAACAGUUUCUGUGCCUCUCACCGCUACGCUGAGGCCCACGACUGCAGCUUCGACUACAAGAGCGCUGGCCGCCGCUUCCUGCAGGAAACCAACCCCGUCGUCACGGCGCCCAAGCUGCCCAAGAUCUGAAACCCAUGUCCAGAGACGGGCGUCCCGCGCUCAGGGGCUCGGGGGGUCCCGCGCUCAGGGGGGGUCCCGCACUGAGGAGGUGUCCCACGCUCAGGGGCUCGGGGGGUCCCGUGCUGAGGAGGUGUCCCACGCUCAGGGGCUCAGGGGGUCCCAUGCUGAGGGGGUCCGGUCUAGACGGCAUCUUACAGCCGUUACAUAAAGGAACUUCUUAAAGCACAUGUUCUUCCUGGGCUCAGAACUGCUGAAAGGCCAAGGAUAAAAAAACCAACUAAUGCAAAAAAAGAGCACAGUCUCGCCUGAAACGAUGUGAAUAAGCCGUCUGUCCCACAUUACUGAUGUGUCCUCUAAAUGAAACCAGUGUGCGUGUGCGGGUGUGGGGGGGAGGUUUAAUUUGACAAAUGCAUUUAAUGCAUCUUUUUUUGUUUGUUUGUUUUUUUAUGAAACUCCAUGCGACAAGUCUUGAAAAGAUGCACUUUAAUGAGGAUUCACCAAUGUCUGCCUCGUGGGGAGCUUAUGCUGUCAUGUUUUGUCUUUGUACUGGAGUGCUUUUUCAUCUGUAAAUCAUUGUUUAAUCUCUGCCUCCCCUCCUCACCUUCUCUGUACGUAAUUGUAAUCUGUUACAAUGAGCAUUUUUUUCAAGGGCAAAUAACUAGGCUGCAUGCUGAAUCCAAGAAUCGGCAGCACAUGUCUUAAUGACAAAAUCACCUUAACAAGGCAUGGUCAUAAUGUAGACCAGUUGUCUCCAACCCUGGUCCUGGAGAGCGACAGGAUCUGCUGGUUUUCAUAGUGACUCUGCACUUCAUGAAUCAAUUAGAGCAGUUGAUUACACAGUUAACUCACCUGGUGUCUUGGGUCUCAAUUGGGUGUUGAUUUUAAGGUGAAAACAAAAGCCAGCAGACCCUGUAGCUCUCCAGGACCAGGGUUGGAGACCACUGAUGCAGACUAAUAUGCAUACAAAUACUGGCUCUGAAAAACUUGGUUGAUAUUUCUGGGUGAACUGUUGGGGGUUGGGAAGACUUGUUGGUUGCCAUAAUGAGAACAAAUCACUUUGUUUUGUAAUGCUACGUGUUUUUUUUUUUAGCACUAUUAGCUGGUCUGAAAAAUUCUGAAAAUAAAUACUUGUUUCUGUGAUUUAA